CAGAUGCCUCAAGAAAUAUCCCAGACUGCUCGAUCAGAAUCCCAGUUUCAGAAACCUCCACUGACAGAGAAGUGGAGAAGUCUUCGUAGGGGAGACUAACCAAAGAGGAAAACUUGGACACUUUUUUUUAGGAAAACAGUAAAAGUUUGGGAGAAAGAUUUAACAUGGCAGUUGCCAGCAUGGCCAUGCCUGGCUCCACAGCGGGCCCCACGCUGGGUUUUGAUGACUACAGUCUCUACAGCAACCUGUCAGAUGAUGAGCUGAUGCAGCUGGCUAUCGAACGCAGCCUCAGUGAGACCCAUGAUGCCACUGCACCGGGUGAAGCCAGCAACACCACCACAGCUCUAGGAAGAAGAACAGGCCAGUAUAGGGCAAAUCCACCCCCAACCAGACUGAUCCCACCAAAUCCACCAAGGCAGGAAUCAAGCCAUAGGCCGCCUACUGCCAAACCAACUGACGCAGAAGAGGACACUAUUGUGAAAGCCAUCCUGAACGGUGAUGUGACUACGUUACGAGCUAUGGCUAAAGACACCGGGAAUAACAUACUGCGGCCUGACAAGUAUGGAUGGAUCCCGCUGCACGAGGCUGCAUAUUAUGGCCAAGACCAGUGUGUCAGGGUUCUUCUUGGGGCUCAACCUGGAAUGAUUAACAAAUGUGACCUGAAAGGCCAGACUGCUCUUAUCUUGGCGGUGGGCAGGGAAAGGGUGGCCUGUGUAGAGGCGCUUCUGGAGAAAGGGGCAGACCCAGAACUCGCCACAAAGGAGAGAGAGACCCCCCUCUACAAAGCUUGUGAAAAGGAGAAUGCUGAGAUUGUGGCCAUGCUUCUGAAUCACGGUGCUGUGGUGAACAAACACUGCAUCCAGGGCUGGACGGCUCUCCAGGAGGCUGUGAGCCGCAACAGUGUGGAGAUAUGUGAGAUGUUGCUCAAGGCCGGGGCUAAGCUCAGCCCAACCAACAUGUACGGUAUCACGCCCCUGUUUACUGCAGCCCAGAGUGGAUGCGUGGAAACACUUCGAUUUCUCAUUAAACACGGUGCUGAUAUCAACAGCGAGGCCAGCGAUGGGGCCACAGCUCUGUAUGAGGCGGCUAAGAAUGGCCAUGAAGACAUUGUGAAGCUUCUUCUUUCUCAGAAUGCUGAUGCCAACAAAGCGGGCAAGAAAGGACUUCUGCCACUACAUAUCGCUGCCCAACGAGGAACUGAUGGAAAAACCCUGCUGACCUAUGACUUCUACAAUUAUGACAAGUCAGUUAAUAUCGUGUCAUUGCUGAUCAAAGCCACCAGCAAGUCCAGAGUGAAUCGCAGUGGCAUCAGUCCCCUCCAUCUUGCCGCCGAGUGCAACAGGGAUGAAGUCCUGGAGGUCCUAAUCGAGGCCGGCUACGAUGUCAAUGCCAUGCUGUCAGAGGACCGCUCCAAGAUGUACGAGGAUCAUCGCAGCACAAUUCUAUACUUUGCCGUUGCCAACGGCAAUGUGGAAGCAACCACCAUGCUUCUAGAAGCCGGUGCCAACCCCAACCUAGACACCUUCAACACGCUACUGGUGGCCGUGAGGCAGGGUAGUAUCGAAUUGGUCACUUUGCUGGUGGAGCAUGGGGCCAACGUUAACGCCUACGUCCUGACUCACCCCACCUCAUUCCCGGCCACUGUCAUGUUCAGUAUGAAGUACCUGUCCAUGCUGAAGUAUUUGAUGGACAAUGGCUGUGAUGCCCACUCCUGUUUUAGCUGCACUUACGGCAGUGGUCCACAUCCACCCAUUCAAGAGACAUCUGAGAGGGAUGACUUGCGCUACAAUAACGAUACACGCAGGAAUACUGGGAAAGCUGUUCAGUUCUGUGAGAUAAUCUCAACUCAGGCAAUAAACCGCUGGGCAGGACCCAUCAUAGACGUACUCCUGGAUUAUGUUGGCCAUGUGAAACUCUGCUCCAGACUUACUGAACACCUAGAUAGCUUUGGGGGCUGGGAAGCCAUCAAGGAGAAAGCAACGCCCCCGCGUCCACUGAUGCAGCUGUGUAGGCUGAAGAUCCGGCAGCAGGUUGGACUCCACAGACUGAGGUGCAUCAACAAACUGCCCCUCCCACCACGAGUAAUCAAGUACCUUAACCACGAAGAGCGCAAACAAGAAGAGUUUUGUGCAUUCUAGAGAGUGACAUCAUAGUCAAAACAAGAGAUGACACAGGGAAUGCCGCACAAAAUUGAUUGACAUAAUCAGUGUUUAUGGUGUGAAUAUUUUUACUGAUAUUUGAGCAGUAAUGUAGAGUACAGUUACAUUUCACAAUUAAACUUUAAGAUCAGACUUUAAUUUAAUAAGCUCACCCGACAGGUAGACUUACCAAAGUUGGUAGCAUUUUAUUUGACUGUUGUAGACAUUACUUUUAUUUUAAUUACUAGGUAUUCACAAGUACAUGGUAAAAUGGUAAUUAUAGUAAUAUCAUAUUAAUUACUUGUUUGUUUCAGUGAGACCAACUGAAGCAACAUUUUUAAACAAAUAUUGAAAUGGGUUUGUGUCAAGUUUAGAAAAUGUACAUGUUUAAGUGUACAGUAAUUUUGGGGCGUUAUAGGACCCUGUAAGGCAAGCUUUUAUGAAUUUGUGAUAUUUUUUCAACCUUAGUUGAGACUUCAUAAUAUUGUUAUUCAGAAUAGUCUAUUCAAUUUCUCAAUGAAAUAUAAAAAUGAAAUAAAUACACAAAUGGAUUUUUGUGUAUUUUCUGCCUAUUUGAUUGCACAGUAUUUUUGGGGAAAUAUGGUCCUUCUGUAGCUCAGUUGGUAGAGCAUGGCGCUUGUAACACCAGGGUAGUGGGUUCGAUCCCCGGGACCACCCAUACGUAGAAUGUAUGCACACAUGACUGUAAGUCGCUUUGGAUAAAAGCGUCUGCUAAAUGGCAUAUAUUAUUAUAUUAAUAUUUUACUCUUUUAGGCUACCUUAUAUGUACAGCUGAAGUCAGAAGUAUACAUACACCUUAGCCAAAUACAUUUAAACUCAGUUUUUCACAAUUACGGAAAUUUAAUCCUAAUUAACAUUCCCUGUCUUAGGUCAGUUAGGAUCACCACUUUAUUUUAAGAAUGUGAAAUGUCAGAAUAAUAGUAGAGAGAAUUAUUUAUUUCUGCUUUUAUUUCUUUCAUCACAUUCCCAGUGGGUCAGAAGUUUACAUACACCCAAGUAGUAUAUGGUAGUGUUGCCUUUAAAUUGUUUAACUUGGGUCAAACCUUUCGGGUAGCCUUCCACAAGCUUCCCACAAUAAGUUGGGUGAAUUUUGGCCCAUUCCUCCUGACAGAGCUGGUGUAACUGGGUCAGGUUUGUAGGCCUCCUUGCUCACACACGCUUUUUCAGUUCUGCCCACACAUUUUCUAUGGGAUUGAGGUCAGGGCUUUGUGAUUGCCACUCCAAUACCUUGACUUUGUUGUCCUUAAGCCAUUUUGCCACAACUUUGGAAGUAUGCUUGGGGUCAAUGUCUUUUUGGAAGACUGACUGAUGUCUUGAGAUGUUGCUUCAAUAUAUCCACAUAAAUUUCUCUCCUCGUGAUUAAAUCUAUAUUUUGAAGUGCACCAGUCCCUCCUGCAGCAAAGCACCCCCACAACAUGAUCCUGCCACCCCCGUGCUUCAUGGUUGGGAUGGUGCUUUUUGGCUCGCAAACCUCCCCCUUUUUCCUCCAAACAUAACGACGGUCAUUAUGGUCAUGGCCAAAACGUUCUAUUUUGUUUCAUCAGACCAGAGGACAUUUCUCAAAAAAGUACGAUCUUUGUCCCCACGUGCAGUUGCAAACCGUAGUCUGUCAUUUUUAUGGAGGUUUUUGAGCAAUGGCUUCUUCCCUGCUGAGCAGCCUUUCAGGUUAUGUCUAUAUAGGACUCGUUUUACUGUGGAUAUAGAUACUUUUGUACCCGUUUCCUCCAGCAUCUUCACAAGGUUCUUUGCUGUUGUUCUGGGAUUGAUUUGCACUUUUCGCACCAAAGUCUCUAUCUCUAGGAGACGCGUCUCCUAUCUAAGCGGUAUGACGGUUGCAUGGUCCCAUGGUGUUUAUACUUGCGUACUAUUGUUUGUACAGAUGAACGUGGUACCUUCAGGCAUUUGGAAAUUUCUCCCAAGGAUGAACCAGACUUGUGGAGGUCUACAAUUUUUUUUUCUGAGAUCUUGGCUGAUUUAUUCAGAUUUUCCCAUGAUGUCAAGCAAAAAUGCACUGAGUUUGAAGGAAGGCCUUGAAGUACAUCCACAGGUACACCUCCAAUUGACUCAAAUGAUGUCAAUUAGCCAAUCAGAAGCUUCUAAAGCCAUGACAUCCUUUUAUGGAAUUUUCCAAGCUGUUUUAAGACACAGUCAACUUAGUGUAUGUAAACUUCUGACCCACUGGAAUUGUGAUACAGUGAAUUAUAAGUGAAUUACUUGUGUCAUGCACAAAAUAGAUGUUCUAACUGACUUGCCAAAACUAUAGUUUGUUAACAAGAAAUAUGUGGAGUGGUUGAAAAACAAUACUUUAUGACUCCAACCUAAGUGUAUGUAAAAUUCAGACUUCAACGGUUUCAGUAUAUACGUUGUGUUUUUGUAAAUAUGACAUUUUUACAGUUGAACUUAUGCCAAAUAUAGGAGUUGAACAUUAAGGUUUACAGCAUUUUCUGAGAGUAAAUUUCACAGGAGAGAUUGAGAAUAUGAGAACAAAGCACUAUAUUUAAUUUGAUAUGUGUAAAUAGAUUCCAAUUUGUGUAUUUGCAGUAUUCUGUAUGACAUCUGAGGUACGGGUCACCUUUUUCUAAUAUUUGGGUAUAUUUCUUUAGAAGGUGACCUCCAUGUACUUGUAUUUCCGAUCAUGGAAACAAUUCAAUCUUGUGUCUGUGGAAAAAAUAAACAUCAUUUGAAUAUCAA